CCCGGCCAUGUGGACCCCCACGGACGAGGAGAAAUACGGCGUAGUGAUCAGCAGCUUUCGAGGAUCUGUCCCUCAAGGAUUGGUCUUAGAAAUAGGAGAAACAGUACAGAUUCUUGAAAAAUGUGAAGGUUGGUACAGAGGAGUUUCAACAAAAAAGCCAAAUGUAAAGGGGAUUUUUCCUGCAAAUUACAUUCACUUGAAAAAGGCAAUUGUUAGUAAUAGAGGGCAGUAUGAAACCGUGGUUCCACUGGAAGAUUCAGUUGUGACUGAGGUCACAGUGACUCUACAAGAAUGGGCCAGUCUGUGGAAACAACUCUAUGUGAAACACAAAGUAGAUCUUUUCUACAAGCUACGUCAUGUGAUGAAUGAACUUAUUGACCUUCGGAGACAGCUACUAUCUGGUCACCUAACUCAGGAUCAGGUGCGGGAGGUUAAGCGACACAUCACCGUGCGUCUGGAUUGGGGUAACGAGCAUUUGGGGCUGGACCUGGUGCCUCGAAAGGACUUUGAAGUAGUGGAUUCGGACCAGAUUAGUGUCUCAGACCUCUAUAAAAUGCAUUUAUCUAGCAGACAGAGUGUACAGCAGAGCACAUCCCAGGUAGAUACAGUGCGCCCACGUCAUGGAGAAACUUGUCGGAUGCCUGUGCCACACCAUUUCUUCCUCAGUCUGAAGAGUUUCACCUACAAUACCAUUGGAGAGGAUACUGAUGUCUUCUUUUCCUUAUAUGAUAUGAGAGAAGGAAAGCAGAUCAGUGAGCGGUUUCUGGUGAGACUGAACAAGAAUGGUGGGCCAAGGAACCCAGAGAAGAUAGAACGAAUGUGUGCCCUUUUUACAGAUCUGAGCAGCAAGGAUAUGAAGAGAGAUUUAUAUAUAGUUGCCCAUGUGAUACGAAUAGGCCGGAUGCUCUUGAAUGACUCAAAAAAGGGCCCUGCUCACCUACACUAUAGGCGACCAUAUGGCUGUGCGGUCUUAAGCAUCCUGGAUGUUGUACAGUCACUUACAGAAUUAAAGGAAGAGAAGGAUUUUGUUCUUAAGGUUUACACGUGCAACAAUGAGAGUGAAUGGUGCCAAAUCCAUGAGAACAUCAUCCGCAAGUCCAGUGCCAAGUACUCUGCCCCCAGUGCCAGUCAUGGUCUGAUAAUUUCUUUACAGCUUCUUCGUGGAGACAUGGAACAGAUAAGGAGAGAAAAUCCCAUGAUAUUUAAUAGGGGAUUGGCAAUUACAAGAAAAUUGGGGUUUCCUGAUGUCAUCAUGCCAGGUGACAUCCGCAAUGACCUGUACCUAACCCUGGAAAAGGGGGAUUUUGAGAGAGGGGGGAAGAGUGUACAAAAGAAUAUUGAAGUGACCAUGUAUGUGCUUUAUGCAGAUGGGGAAAUCCUGAAGGAUUGCAUCAGCUUGGGAUCAGGAGAACCAAAUAGGAGUUCCUACCACUCGUUUGUUCUCUACCACAGUAACAGUCCUCGCUGGGGAGAAGUCAUCAAAUUGCCCAUCCCUAUUGACCGGUUUCGUGGUUCCCACCUGCGCUUCGAGUUCAGGCAUUGCUCCACAAAGGACAAAGGGGAAAAGAAACUCUUUGGCUUUGCAUUCUCACCUCUGAUGCGGGAUGAUGGCACCACCCUCUCCGAUGAUAUUCAUGAGCUCUAUGUAUAUAAGUGUGAUGAGAAUGGCACAUUUAACAACCAUGCUCUGUACCUGGGACUCCCCUGCUGCAAAGAGGACUAUAAUGGCUGCCCUAACAUCCCGUCCAGCCUCAUCUUUCAGCGCAGCACCAAAGAGUCUUUCUUCAUUUCCACCCAACUCUCCUCCACCAAACUUACCCAGAAUGUGGACCUCCUUGCUCUAUUGAAGUGGAAGGCCUUUCCUGACCGGAUCAUGGACAUCCUAGGACGACUGCGGCAUGUCAGUGGGGAGGAAAUUGUUAAGUUUCUGCAAGACAUCUUAGAUACACUCUUUGUAAUUUUGGAUGAUAACACAGAGAAGUAUGGCCUGUUGGUGUUUCAGUCUUUGGUGUUCAUUAUCAAUCUGCUUCGAGACAUUAAGUAUUUUCAUUUUCGGCCUGUAAUGGACACGUACAUCCAGAAGCACUUUGCUGGAGCCCUGGCAUACAAGGAGCUCAUUCGCUGUUUGAAGUGGUACAUGGACUGCUCAGCAGAACUGAUUCGGCAGGACCACAUACAGGAAGCCAUGCGGGCCUUAGAAUAUCUUUUCAAAUUCAUCGUACAGUCAAGGAUACUGUACUCGCGAGCUACUUGUGGGAUGGAAGAGGAGCAGUUUCGGUCCAGCAUCCAAGAACUUUUCCAGUCCAUCCGGUUUGUUCUCAGUCUGGACAGCAGAAACUCAGAAACACUCCUUUUUACUCAGGCCGCACUCCUCAAUUCCUUCCCAACCAUCUUUGAUGAGCUGCUGCAGAUGUUCACUGUGCAGGAGGUGGCAGAGUUUGUGAGAGGGACACUGGGCAGCAUGCCCAGCACUGUGCACAUUGGGCAGUCAAUGGAUGUGGUGAAGCUGCAGUCCAUUGCCAGAACUGUGGACAGCCGCUUAUUUUCUUUCUCAGAAUCCCGCCGCAUCCUGCUUCCUGUGGUUCUCCAUCACAUUCACCUUCACCUGAGGCAGCAGAAAGAGCUGUUAAUCUGCUCAGGGAUUCUUGGCAGCAUCUUCUCCAUCGUCAAAACCAGCUCUCUGGAGGCAGAUGUCAUGGAGGAGGUAGAAAUGAUGGUGGAGAGCCUCCUGGACGUGCUCUUGCAGACUCUGCUCACCAUCAUGAGCAAAUCGCACGCUCAGGAGGCGGUAAGAGGGCAACGGUGCCCGCAGUGCACAGCCGAGAUCACUGGCGAAUAUGUGUCCUGCCUUCUCUCACUGCUUCGCCAGAUGUGCGAUACCCAUUAUCAGCACCUUCUGGACAACUUCCAGAGCAAAGAUGAGCUCAAGGAAUUCCUGCUAAAAAUUUUUUGUGUGUUCCGCAACCUGAUGAAGAUGAGUGUCUUUCCUCGAGACUGGAUGGUGAUGAGGCUUCUCACAAGCAAUAUUAUAGUCACUACUGUCCAGUACCUGUCAUCUGCACUUCACAAGAAUUUCACAGAGGCAGACUUCGACUUUAAGGUGUGGAAUUCUUAUUUUAGCCUGGCAGUUCUGUUUAUAAAUCAGCCAAGCCUCCAGCUAGAAAUCAUUACUUCAGCCAAGAGAAAGAAGAUUCUAGAUAAGUAUGGAGACAUGCGUGUGAUGAUGGCUUACGAACUGUUCAGCAUGUGGCAGAAUUUGGGUGAACAUAAGAUCCACUUCAUUCCGGGAAUGAUUGGUCCUUUUCUGGGUGUGACACUGGUCCCACAGCCAGAAGUGCGGAACAUCAUGAUCCCCAUUUUUCAUGACAUGAUGGACUGGGAGCAGAGAAAAAACGGAAACUUCAAACAGGUGGAAGCUGAGCUGAUUGACAAGCUGGACAGCAUGGUGUCAGAAGGGAAAGGUGAUGAGAGCUACAGGGAGCUCUUCAGUCUACUAACCCAGCUAUUUGGGCCCUACCCCAGCUUACUGGAAAAGGUUGAACAGGAAACCUGGCGAGAGACGGGCAUUUCCUUCGUGACUUCAGUCACCCGCCUCAUGGAACGCCUUCUUGACUACAGAGACUGUAUGAAAGGAGAGGAAACAGAAAACAAGAAGAUUGGCUGCACUGUUAACCUGAUGAACUUUUACAAAUCUGAGAUUAACAAAGAGGAGAUGUAUAUACGAUAUAUCCAUAAACUCUGUGACAUGCAUCUGCAAGCUGAAAACUACACAGAGGCUGCGUUCACUCUUCUCCUCUACUGUGAGCUACUGCAGUGGGAGGAGCGGCCGCUGCGGGAAUUCCUCCACUAUCCAUCCCAGACAGAGUGGCAGCGCAAAGAGGGACUCUGCCGGAAGAUCAUCCACUACUUCAACAAAGGCAAGAGCUGGGAGUUUGGAAUCCCACUGUGCAGGGAGCUGGCGUGUCAGUAUGAGAGCCUCUACGACUAUCAGAGCCUCAGCUGGAUUCGGAAAAUGGAAGCCAGCUACUAUGAUAACAUCAUGGAGCAGCAGCGCCUAGAGCCCGAGUUCUUUCGGGUAGGCUUCUAUGGCAGGAAGUUUCCUUUCUUCCUUCGGAACAAAGAAUAUGUGUGCCGAGGCCAUGACUACGAGAGACUGGAGGCCUUCCAGCAGAGGAUGCUCAGCGAGUUCCCACAGGCUGUCGCCAUGCAGCACCCCAACCAUCCUGACGACACCAUCCUGCAGUGUGAUACCCAGUACUUGCAGAUCUAUGCAGUGACUCCCAUUCCAGACUAUGUAGAUGUGCUGCAGAUGGACAGAGUCCCGGAUCGCAUCAAGAGCUUCUACCGUGUCAACAAUGUGAGGAAGUUCCGGUAUGACAGGCCUUUUCACAAAGGCCCCAAGGACAAGGAAAAUGAAUUCAAGAGCCUGUGGAUUGAACGCACUACACUGACCCUCACCCACAGCUUACCUGGCAUCUCUAGAUGGUUUGAAGUGGAAAGGAGGGAACUGGUGGAGGUAAGCCCACUGGAGAAUGCCAUCCAAGUGGUUGAGAAUAAGAACCAGGAGCUUCGGGCCCUGAUCAGCCAGUACCAACACAAGCAGGUGCAUGGCAACAUCAAUCUGCUCAGCAUGUGUCUGAAUGGUGUCAUCGAUGCAGCUGUCAACGGAGGCAUUGCCCGCUACCAGGAGGCCUUCUUUGAUAAAGAUUAUAUCAGCAAGCAUCCAGGAGACGCGGAGAAGAUCACGCAGCUCAAGGAACUCAUGCAGGAGCAGGUCCACGUCCUUGGAGUUGGCCUGGCAGUUCACGAGAAAUUUGUGCACCCGGAAAUGCGCCCUCUGCAUAAGAAGCUGAUCGAUCAGUUCCAGAUGAUGCGAGCCAGUCUGUACCAUGAGUUUCCUGGGUUGGACAAGCUAAGCCCUGCGUGUUCAGGAACCAGCACGCCACGGGGGAAUAUACUAGCAUCCCAUAGCCCCAUGAGCCCUGAGAACAUCAAGAUGACCCACCGGCACAGCCCCAUGAACUUGAUGGGCGCAGGCCGCCAUUCAUCCUCCUCCCUCUCCUCACACGCGUCUAGUGAAGCGGGAAACGUGGCACUGCUGGGGGACAGCUCCAUGGGCGAGGCUCCCGAGGACCUUUAUCACCACAUGCAGCUCGCGUAUCCCAACCCCAGGUACCAGGGCUCAGUCACCAACGUCUCUGUAUUGUCCUCGUCCCAGGCAAGCCCUUCUUCCUCCAGCCUGAGUUCCACUCACUCAGCACCGUCCCAGAUGAUUACCUCUGCCCCUUCCAGUGCCCGAGGCUCUCCCUCUCUGCCAGAUAAGUAUCGCCACACCCGGGAAAUGAUGUUGCUGCUGCCGACACACCGCGACCGCCCGAGCAGUGCCAUGUAUCCAGCAGCCAUCCUGGAGAAUGGACAGCUGCCAAAUUUCCAGCGGGCCCUGUUCCAGCAAGUGGUUGGAACCUGCAAACCCUGCAGUGAUCCCAAUCUGUCUGUCGCUGAAAAAGGUCAUUACUCCCUACAUUUUGAUGCCUUCCACCACCCCCUGGGUGACAUCCCCCCAGCCCUCCCCGCCCGGACCCUGCGUAAGUCUCCUCUUCACCCCAUCCCGGCAUCCCCUACAAGUCCCCAGUCAGGCCUAGAUGGCAGCAACUCUACCCUGUCCGGCAGUGCCAGCAGUGGUGUGUCUUCUCUGAGUGAGAGUAACUUUGGGCACUCCUCAGAGGUCCCACCUCGAACCGACACCAUGGACUCCAUGCCGAGCCAAGCUUGGACUGCUGACGAAGACCUUGAGCCACCAUACCUCCCCGUCCACUACAGCCUCUCCGAGUCUGCCGUCUUGGACUCUCUCAAGGCCCAACCAUGCCGAAGCCACUCAGCCCCGGGCUGUGUCAUCCCUCAGGACCCCAUGGACCCACCUGCUCUGCCCCCUAAGCCCUACCACCCCCGUCUGCCAGCCCUGGAGCAUGAUGAGGGUGUGCUGCUACGCGAAGAAGCCGAAAGGCCUCGGGGCCUGCACCGUAAGGCCUCGCUGCCUCACGGGAGCAUGAAGGAAGAGCAGGCCCGAAUGGCCUGGGAGCACGGCCGAGGAGACCAGUGAAGGGCAGGGAGGUGGCUUGGACGCCACCAUCAGUGAGCAGCUUGCCCAACCACUUCAGGUCCAAAAAGCAAGUCCCUCCUUCUCCUCCCCAAGAAACCAGAGAGGCCUGGCACUCAGGAGAGAAUCACCCCCAAGAGUCUAGUUCUACUGCCCUAUUGCCGUGAACUCUUGUGUUGUCAUGUACAGAGGCCGCAGCAGCAUGAAGGGUUGUGGCUUCUUUUUUUUUUUUUUUAUUUCACUUUCUAUAUUCCCAUUUCCAUGGGUUUUCCUUUCUUUCCUUUGUGCAGUAGAUGCUUUAUUCCUCCUGCAGUUCCAGACCACGUGGAGCUAUCUGGAGAUAUUGCACAGGCAGACUUGCUUUACAGCUUUCCAGGACCCAGGGUAGGGGGCCAGGCCCUCCCUCCAGGGUACAGAUGCACAGAAGAAUGAAAAUUGCACUAAGGACUUCUUCUUUUGCUGUGUAGACAGAAGAGCUCAUGGUUGUAUUCAGGGAUUGCAAGAACACAGGUGGACGAGAGGACUACAAGCUAUUUUGCACAAAUGCCUGCCCACCUGCUCACUCUUCCACCCAGGAGUGUGUGGCUUCGGGCUGGCUGAGCCAACUUGCUAACUGUCAUGUGACCUGGUCAGACCGCACGUAGACAUUACCAGGUUUCCGUAGGCCAGCCCUGCCUCCUACUCUCUUCAUUGCUUUUAAUUCUGACCAUUGGCUUCCUUCCAUUCUCAGUACUCCCCAUGCCCUGCAGGAGUCCCCUUGCAUCUGCAGAGGUUACCUCCUACCUUCUGGAGCUAGAAUGAGCUUGAGCCAGAGGGACAACCUAGCCGCUUUCCUCCCCAAGGUCCAGGAGGCCACGUGUUGAGUGAUGAUCCGGUACAGAGAUGAGGCUGGCGUGUGGCAAGGACCAGAAAUCCUCUAACCUUCAGAAGAGGCCAGAAAGCUUGUCAUCCAGCUUCCUGAAUCAGGGAUUUUUCAGCACUACCUCCUAGCAGUGGGGUUGGCUGCCCAGCCAGGCUUCCAAGCACUGAGGACACGCGGUUAAGGUUCAGCAAGUUCCUGGGUCACGAGUGUGGGAAGGAGUUUCUCCUUUUGGAAGCUAAGAGCCAAAAAAGGUUGAAUUACCCUCUCCUGGGUAAGCAAGUGCAGAGGCCCCACUCCAGGCCCAUGGGGACCAGCACUCAGGGUUCAGGGCAGGCAGAGGGGCAGUUUCUCCAGCCUCUCUAGUCUGUUGGGCAGAGUGCAGUGGUAUCUUUAUAGGAAAGUCGUUCAGGUCAGGGCACUGAUUUUCCUCGAGUUAUUACUUAGGGUGGGUUGGUCAUAGUAUUUUACCAGGGUGCUUCUUCUAAGUUACUUUUUCAAAUCUACGGAUUUCUUUCAUGCUUGAGUUAACAACUUCGAUGGUUACAAGGCUGCCUUCUCCUUGUUGAGCUGGCAUGUUUGCCCCUAGAUCCUCUUCUGCUGACCUUUAUGGCUGGCAUUGCCCCCUGCCCCUCCCCCAUGGGCCCUCCUUCCAGACAGAAAAGGACUCAGCGGGGUUUGUUUCUCUUGUAAACAAAUGCCAGCUUGUCAGCUUGUUAGCUCGAACACCAGUGAGUAACCUGUUAAGACUGAAGAGUGUGUAUCAGUGGCUCCUGAUGCCCUAAGGUGGCCUCAUGUAGUGUUGGGGGGGGGGCACAGUUGGGAGCCCUGCACCUCCAGACUGAAGGCCGGAGCCACCUGGUGCUUAGCGGGAUUAGAGGGUGGGGCUAGCUUUGGAUUUGAUUCCUAGGUGGGAGGGGAUCUUUAGCUUAUAGGACACUUCUGAAUCAAUUCCUGGACAAGGCAGUCGUCACAUAACAUCACCCACCUUCUCCACUUGUGGCCUGGGAGGGCGGGUCUCCCUGGCCUUGCUUUAUUUUAUGCAAGAUGAGACGCCUUUGGGAUUUCGCUCUCCAUUUUCCCUAACUGGAUAAAAAGAAACUCCCUUUUGUUGGAGAAUCAGCCAGUCUAAGGGGAAGUGGGAGGCCAGAGAUGAGAAUCCUUUGAAGAUUGUGAAACACUGACUUUCAUCCUCUCAAGCUUCUUUGUAAAUACCUAUUUGAAUGCUGUGUAUUUGUACAGGAAUUUGAGCAAAAAAUGUAUAGAGUGUGAUGUCCAAUUGGUAUUCAGCCCUAUAAAUGUGUCUUUAACCUCUGGCAUUCUGCGCUUAUUUAAAAUAAGAAAACUUCUAACCAUUUCGUUUGUGUAUUUAUGUUAAAAAGAAAAAAGAGGUGAUUUAAAAAAAAACGAUCUUACCUGUACCAGAAAGCAAAGUCGAAAGAAAGAAAUUUGUACCAGUGUCCCAAGAGGUAUGUUACUGUAUAUAUUGUGGUAGCAUGUUCUAAAUCCAACAAAUAAUGUGAAUUUUAGAUGUAAAUAUCUGCCACUUGAUUUCCCCUCCCCGACUCCCUUGACUGCUGUGAUGUGAACAUUAAAGAUGAAUACCUGA